AAAUGGAAAUAUUUGCCUACACAAAUUUCCAAAAAAUGCAAUGAUUUGUUUACGAUGGAAAGAAUUUUGCGGAUUAAGGAAAGCUGAUGAUGUAAAAGCAUUGUACAUUUGCUCCUCUCAUUUUUGUGCUGAAGAUUUCAAAUGGGACACUUCAGUAUCUGGAAAAAAGAAAUCAUUGAAUUCAGAAGCAAUUCCUUCAAUUAUUUCUCGCAAACGGCAAACAUCUGAGAAAGAAAUAGAAAUAGAGUUGACCAAAAAAAAAAGCAGAAUUGUCAAUGACAAUAAUGUAGAAUCACAAGUGUACAUAAAUCCUAUGGAAAUUUAUACAGAAGUUGUCACACUUGAGGCAGCAGAAGUUAUCAAACCACAAGAAACGCAAACAUCAACAAAUGUUCUUAUAAAUACAUGCAUAUCGAGUCCAACAAUAGAAUUAUGUUCUACACCAAAGAAACGGAAAUACAUGGAACCUCGCUACAUUUCUGAACUGAUGACACCUGAUGUAAAAACUCCUAGAAAAGCUAGAAGAAUUAUAAAAUUCGUCAAAGCUAAUGAUUUGAAAAGGCGAGAAAGAAUUCAAAAUUUACAGAGAAUGAAUAGGAAUCUUCUUAAGCGUAUUGAAAAUCUGGAAAAUUUGAUUGAACAUUUAAAAGAAAAGCUAUUAAUGUCGGAAGAUGCUGCAGAUGUUUUAUUGAACAUGCUACCAAGCAAUGUAAAAGAACUUAUAACACGGAAAGUAAAAUGCAAUGAACAUUAUUCUCCAGAAUUGCGUACAUUUGCAUUAACGUUACACUUUUACUCACCAAAAGCAUAUAGCUUGUGAGAAAAGCAUGGUCAUACCUACUGCCACAUCCUUCUACCAUUAAACAAUGGUAUCGAGUUGUGGAUGGAUCGCCAGGAUUUACGAAGGAAGCGCUAUAUGCGAUUGAAUUACGUGCGAAGGGUUCGAAACCUAUCGUAGUAAAUCUUGUUUUGGACGAAAUGUCUCUACGAGAAGAAAUAAUCUACCGUCAUGGUAGAUUUUAUGGCGGCAUAGAUUACGGAAUAU